CCUCAUCCGAUGUCAAUGAUGCCGGGCCAGCAACCUCUGAUGGUAAAUCGACCCCAAAUGCAUCCGUCCAUGUCCAUGAAUUCCCCCAACAUGCCUGUGCCACCGCCACCUGGGUCUCAAUUUACACAUUUGUCUGCUCCCCGGCCUUUUGUUCCCCUUUCCAUGUCUCAGCCUGGCCUGCCUAUGGUCCCACCACCAUCCAUGCCUCAGGGAAUGCCACCACCUCCACCUGAGGAAGCUCCUCCACCACUUCCUGAAGAACCAGAACCAAAAAGACAGAAACUUGAUGAUGCUCUGCUUGUUCCCGAGGAUCAAUUUUUAGCUCAACAUUCGGGACCUGCUCGUAUCAACGUGUCUGUGCCCAAUCAUGAUGAAGGCAAUAUGAAAGGGCAGGUGCUGGAGAUUCUUGUGCAGUCGCUGUCUGAAACUGUCAGCAGCUUGAAAGAGAAAAUAGCUGGUGAGAUUCAACUUCCGGCUAACAAACAGAAACUGAGUGGAAGGCCUGGUUUUCUCAAGGACAAUUUGUCGCUCGCAUAUUAUAACGUUGCACCCGGAGAAACACUUCAACUCUCUCUCAGAGAGCGUGGAGGAAGAAAGAGAUGAGAAGCUUAACAUUGGCCAAAGCCUUGAAACGCUUUAUUUUCCUAUUUGGAUCUGUUACUUCUCCUAAGAAGCAUUGUCCUGUCAUUGUCUCACCAAAAUUAUUUUUUGUGAUGUUUAGAGCUUCCUUUGAAAUUGCUUAUUGAGUGAUGAGGAGAGUAAGUUGUCUUUUCUUAGUUCGGAAUAUCUGUAUAUACAUAUCCUAUAAACUCUAGGAGAAACACAGUAAACAGGAAUGGCCUUCAAUUUACCCAUUCGAAGAUGAAAAUGUUCCUCCCAUCAAAAUCUGCACCUUUGAAAGCUCAUCAUCUAUAAAAGCUGAAAAUGAUUUCAGUGUAAA